ACCACCUGGUGACGCAGGGACCCGAUCCCCCCUCAGAUUCCUUCCUGUUAGGACUUUCCUGUAAAGACUGGAUAAAAGUCUCCCAAGGUCAUCUAAUUCCAUCUCCUUCUUAUGAAAAAGAAAGUAAUCAGUCCCAACUUAGCAAUAAUAGAACCGGGCAUAUUCUGGUUGAGAUGUCUGCAAAUUCUGAAUAUGGGAAUGAUUUUGAAAAUAAUGCUAAUCUUUCUGUGUACAAUGAAAUUCAGAAAGAUGAACGGUCAUGUUCUGAAAGAGAGUACGCUUUUAAUGGGCUAUCAAGUGUUGCUGAAAAUCAGACAAAUGACACAGGAGAGAAGCCAUAUUCAUGUUCGGAAUGUGGAAAGUGUUUUUGUCAGAAAUCACAUCUUGUGAUACAUCAGAAAACUCACACAGGGGAGAAGCCAUUUUCAUGUUUAGAAUGUGGGAAAUGUUUUAUUCGAAAAUCACAUCUUGUUGAACAUCAGAAAACUCACACAGGGGAGAAGCCAUUUUCAUGUUUAGAAUGUGGGAAAUGUUUUAGUUGGAAAUCAAAUUUAGUUGAACAUCAGAAAACUCACAUAAGAGAGAAGCCAUUUUCAUGUUCGGAAUGUGGGAAAUGUUAUAGUGAUAAAUCAAGUCUUCUGAAACAUCAGAGAAUUCACACAGGAGUGAAGUCAUAUUCAUGUUCAGAAUGUGGGAAGUGUUUUCGUCUGAAAGGACAUCUUGUGAGACAUCAGAGAAUUCACACAGGAGAGAAGCCAUUUUCAUGUUUAGAAUGUGGGAAGUGUUUUAGUCGGAAAUCAAAUCUUGUUGAACAUCAGAAAACUCACACAGGAGAGAAGCCAUUUUCAUGUUCGGAAUGUGAGAAAUGUUUUAGUUACAAAUCAAAUCUUGUGCAACAUCAGAGAAUUCACACCGGGGUUAAUCCAUUUUCAUGCCCUGAAUGUGGGAAAUAUUUUAAUCAGAAAUCGUAUCUUGUGAAACAUCUGAAAAUUCACACCGGGGAGAAGCCAUUUCCAUGUCCUGAAUGUGAAAAGUGUUUUAGUUCGAAAGCACAGCUUGAUAUACAUCUGAGAACUCACACAGGAGAGCAGCUAUAUUUGUGUCCUGAAUGUGAGAAAUGUUUUAGUAUUAAAUCUAAUUUUGUGCAACAUCAAAGAAUUCACACAGGAGAGAAGCCAUAUUCGUGUCCUGAAUGUGAGAAAUGUUUUAGUAUUAAAUGUAAUUUUGUGCAACAUCAAAGAAUUCACACAGGAGAGAAGCCAUAUUCGUGUCCUGAAUGUGAGAAAUGUUUUAGUAUUAAAUCACAUUUUGUGCAACAUCAAAGAAUUCACACAGGAGAGAAGCCAUAUUCGUGUCCUGAAUGUGAGAAAUGUUUUAGUAUUAAAUCACAUUUUGUGCAACAUCAAAGAAUUCACACAGGAGAGAAGCCAUAUUCGUGUCCUGAAUGUGAGAAAUGUUUUAGUAUUAAAUCACAUUUUGUGCAACAUCAAAGAAUUCACACAGGAGAGAAGCCAUAUUCGUGUCCUGAAUGUGAGAAAUGUUUUAGUCAGAAAUCAAAUCUUGUGCAACAUCAGAGAAUUCACACCGGGGUUAAGCCAUUUUCAUGCCCUGAAUGUGGGAAAUAUUUUAAUCAGAAAUCGGAUCUUGUGAAACAUCAGAAAAUUCACACCGGGGAGAAGCCAUUUCCAUGUCCUGAAUGUGGGAAAUAUUUUAAUCAGAAAUCGGAUCUUGUGAAACAUCUGAAAAUUCACACCGGGGAGAAGCCAUUUCCAUGUCCUGAAUGUGAAAAGUGUUUUAGUUCAAAAGCACAGCUUGAUAUACAUCUGAGAACUCACACAGGAGAGCAGCCAUAUUUGUGUCCUGAAUGUGAGAAAUGUUUUAGUAUUAAAUCACAUUUUGUGCAACAUCAAAGAAUUCACACAGGAGAGAAGCCAUAUUCGUGUCCUGAAUGUGAGAAAUGUUUUAGUCAGAAAUCAAAUCUUGUGCAACAUCAGAGAAUUCACACCGGGGUUAAGCCAUUUUCAUGCCCUGAAUGUGGGAAAUAUUUUAAUCAGAAAUCGGAUCUUGUGAAACAUCUGAAAAUUCACACCGGGGAGAAGCCAUUUCCAUGUCCUGAAUGUGAAAAGUGUUUUAGUUCGAAAGCACAGCUUGAUAUACAUCUGAGAACUCACACAUGAGAGAAGCCAUAUUCGUGUCCUGAAUGUGAGAAAUGUUUUAGUAUUAAAUCACAUUUUGUGCAACAUCAAAGAAUUCACACAGGAGAGAAGCCAUUUUCUUGACCCGAAUGUGGAAAGUGUUUUAGUGAGAAAUCAAAUCUUGUUCGACAUCAGAAAACUCACACAGGAGAGAAGCCUAUUUAAUAU